AUGAAAUCUAUCAAAUGUUUGACUGUAGGUGAGAAUGCUGUAGGUAAAACAUGCCUACUCAUCAGCUACACAACCAAUGCAUUUCCUGGGGAAUAUAUACCUACAGUUUUUGACAACUACUCUGCUAAUGUAAUGGUUGAUGGAAAACCGGUCAAUCUGGGUUUGUGGGAUACAGCUGGUCAAGAGGACUAUGACAGGCUACGUCCGCUCUCCUACCCGCAAACAGAUGUCUUCUUAAUCUGCUUUUCCCUCGUGAGUCCUGCUUCCUUUGAAAAUGUCCGUGCUAAAUGGUAUCCUGAGGUGCGGCACCACUGCCCCAACACCCCCAUCAUUUUAGUGGGUACCAAACUGGAUCUCCGGGAUGACAAGGACACCAUUGAAAAACUGAAGGAGAAGAAGCUGACUCCUAUCACCUACCCACAGGGCCUUGCCAUGGCAAAAGAGAUCGGUGCAGUGAAAUACCUCGAGUGCUCAGCGCUUACGCAGAGAGGCCUCAAGACAGUGUUUGACGAAGCUAUCCGAGCAGUUCUCUGCCCCCCUCCUGUAAAGAAGAGGAAGAGAAAAUGUCUGCUGCUGUAAACGUCACCCUCCCCCACUCCAAACCCUGUGCUUUGCUCGAACAAUGGAGCAUUCACACUCAAUGCCAAGUUCUUCUGUUAUAAAUUAGUUCUCUUCUAUAAAUUCUUGAACCAAUCACCGAUUUCACGGUUUCAUUUGUUUAAAGUAUGAAAGUUACCUUGCAUCCUUCUAAAAGCAAACUCCUGAAAAGACAAACCUAUGUAAAGCCUUAUUUUUAAAAUCCUACUCUUGCUCAAUUAAGUGUUGCCAAACUUAUCUGCUGAACUAAGUUGCAUUGUUGUGCUACAAACACUAAGCACUAAACUGUUUUUUAAAAAUUCUUGAAAAUGACUCUAAUUUCUGGUAGGAAAUGCAAAAUCUUUCUAGUUUUUCACAGUAAGUAACAGUACCGUAUAAUUAGCAAAACACUGCACUCUUUUAUUACAAAAUGUUUUCUCAAUCCCCAGUCAUUGCAUCGUGUUGUGUGUCAAAGUGAAGUCUUUGACAAUGACUGACAGUCUUGAGUCACAGUGUAAAAUGCUUUAUCGUUGGUAAGGGCUUGGUUGCAAUCUAGUUCUUGCUGCUGUGAUUUAAAAAGAAAAUAAAUAACUAUUCUAACUGAAGUAUAUCUAGUCCUUUUGA